AAGUAAAAGUAAUAACAAAAAUCUGAUUUUUGUAUACAUAUUUUAAGUACACAAAAUGAUUUCUGCAAAAUGUUAGUGUAAUUUUGAGCUUUGUUUUGUAAAUAAAUACAUUUUAUUUAUUUCCAGAAGUAAUCUUAGCGUUGCAAUAAUAUUUUACAUAAAUUAUCCUAAAUAAAGUAUUCAUAUAUAAAAGAAUUCCAAUUUUUAUCAUUAAUUCUUGAUACGUUUGCAUUAGAGUACAUUUCUACUUUUUAUCAAAAUAACUUUUAAUCCAAGUAGAAAAACGCAAAUUUUGUGUCGCACCUUUAAAUUUCAUAAUUUUUUAUUUUAAAAAUAGGUGUAACACAUUCUUAAAAUUGGACUAGUAGUUAACUAACCAAAUGAAAAGAGUCCGCAUAGCGAUCCUAUCGCAAAAAUAAUUUACGAUAAUCCAUACUUUAUUAUGAUAAAACGAAAUCGUACAAUAUUAACUGAUUAUUAUAAUUUAGAUAGUUUUUGCAACCUCAUUACGUAACGAGCCUUAAUUAAAUUUUAACGAUUCCGUAAAACUCGAAGGAAAAGAUCUGCGUUAAGCGUUUAAUAAUAACUGCAGUUUAUUGGUCCUCUACGUUUCACGUAUUAUAAUGUCGGCAAUUAAAUUUUCUUUUGAUAAGGAACUACCGCCGAAAGGACGCAAUUACGUUAAAUUUGCCGUAAUUACACCGUUAAAUGGGAAAUGCCUGCUCCGCGUUGCUCCGGUUAUUAAAUGGCGUUACACCACCGCGUUUGUUCUGUUGACGAAGUAUAGAAAGUGAAGGAAUAGGCCGCGUAUGUUAAAGGAAAGUAUAUGGAUUCGCAUCAUUACGUGCUCCAUAAAUGUCGCAUUCGAAAGCACGUUACUAUCAAUUCCGUCCGCGCGUGCUGUAAAAUUUCGCGAUCUCCCCGCGACGACGUCUCUCCGGCGCGCUUAAAUUUUCGCGAGUCUUCUUCCUUACGCAUCUCCGCGAUGGCCGCGCGGAUAUUAUUGCCUUUGCUACUGUUUAAAAUACGCCAGGGAGCGUGCGCAUACGCACGUCGUGUUGUAAUUUCACCGGCCACUUUCUUUCCGCGAUCCAUGUACAUCACACGUAAUAAUUACAGCCGCGAUAUGAUGCCGGUAACAAGCUGCGUAUUACGAUUGCGAGGAACAAUGAAAAAUAAUGCGUGCCCGCGCCGGGGAGAAAGUCGGCGAAUUAAUAUUUAUUAUACUUCGCGGUCGCGGGCAAUAUAAUCGAUAUAAUCACAGUUCGAAUCGGCGGAUUCCAUUGUUAAUUGAGAAAUUAAAAAUUAGUUUUUAUAAUCAACUUUCGAGAAUGUAUGCCAUGUGAUAACGAAUAUCAUUUUGAUAUCGACAAGUAACAACCGAAAUGAGAAUGAAAUAUUGAAAAUACAUGAAGAAAGUUUGUUAUUUUAAAUAAUAACCAGCGAGAUGACGCAGAGAAGCGAAGAAGAAUGUCAUUUUUCGUUAAGGCAGGUUUUUUUGUGUCUGAUAACAUUUUUCUGCAAAUUUACAGUUCAAACUGCGCGCGGAUUGUUCUUUACUAAACUGAAGCCGAAGCACGUAAUUAAUAUCGCAAAUUAAAUCGAUCAGCAAUUCAAUAAUACUGCGAUGCCGACGAGAAUUUUUUAAUUAUAAAGAAUUCGAUAUUAUUUUAAUAUCGGUUUUAGAGCAUAUGGCUAAUUAUCUUCAAUUUAAAAAAACGUUACACUUCUGAACCAUCUGUUAUCCGUAAUCGGAUUGUUUUUCUCCUUCCCUUAGUCCGUCUUGUCGCCUACCAAUUGUUUUCAAAAUAGAAAGUAGGACGAAACGCGUAUAAAACGACACAAAUAGUACACGUGUCAUCGCUUGACGUUUUAGCUUCUUCAUCAAAUUGCUGUUCUCUGUACAAAUUGCGGCUUUCGACGUCGCGACUAUUAAAAUCUAAUUAAAGAACAAGAUAAUUUUGUUGUCCGUGCAAUUAAGAUAUCGAGGAAUAUCGCUAACACGCUGAACGUUUGUACGGACUACAUCGCCACGUCCACCAGGUAUUUUCUUUCUCCUCGCGAUGCCCACUGCGGUGCCCCUACUCCGAUCGCCUACGGUGUCCCACGGCGAGCCAGUCUCUCCCGCGCCUUUCUUCGUGCGGCUGCGAUCCGCGUGUCAGUUCGAAGGCAACCGCGGACAAUAACUGACAACCGGCCCGGUCAGUCCGGCCGAUCGGAGUCCGUGGCGCAUCCGCGACCAGACACGGCCGAGAGGCGGCAGAAAUGUGAUGAUCGCGCGCGCGUGUCAGUGAUCUGGUGAAAAGUAUUCGGCCGUAAGUAUCCGGAGGACGCGGUCAAUGGCCUCCGGAUAUCAGUGAUCGAUUAUUGUGCGGGCGUGAAGGGCAAUACGAUCGGUAAUUGCCUGUGAUUGUUUGUCAAAUAUUUGCGCGACUUAGAUAUACGCGAGGAGGAGGAGGAGCGGCGGAGAUCGAUGCUCGAUCAGAGCAACCUUAUCGGUCGUCGAGUCCAAUGGACUACAAAAUUUAUCUCGAGACUGUGAUUAAAAGAAAUAAAUAAAGUGACAUUUUUAAUAAAGAAAAGCAUCGAAAGACACAUUUUUUUUCACGAAAGCGUCCGAGAAUUGACUCUCUUCAGAAAGUUGAAAAUAUUCAGUGACGAAAGGCAAAUGUGCGUGCACUUCGAUGACGAGAGGUACGCGCGCUAUGUCAAGGACCAUCGCGAUUGGACGUGUAGCGCGUUGACGUAGCAUCCUUUCUCAAGCAAUCGGCAUCGGUGUCAUCUGGCAUCAGCAAGAGGCGCACUGCGAAUCAAGGACGGGGAUCGCCCAACGGCGUGCGAAAGAUGCGAAACGGCGGACAAACGGCGCAGCAAACGGCGGUAAUGACGCCGCCGCAUCUGAACGGCUCGGCGCAGUUCAUAUCGGGCAGCUAUGUGACGACGGGAUAUCUGCCGCGUCAGUCCUGGACCCAAUUCCAGGCUGCGCCGCAGCAUCCGACCAGGAGCGGCGGCGGCGGCGGCAGACCUCUGUCGCUGCCGCCACCCCCGCCGCCCUCCCGACGGGACGGCGGCCAGAGAUCUUGCAACGGAGGUGCGGCCAACGCUAAGAACACAUCCCUGCCGCAUCCCAGAUCGGUGACCCACAGGAGUACCGCUCCCUCGAAGGUGGACCCUGAGCUGAUAUUUACAAAACAGGAACGAAUUGGGAAGGGUAGCUUCGGCGAGGUUUUUAAGGGUAUUGAUAAUAGGACCCAGCAAGUUGUUGCCAUCAAGAUUAUCGAUCUUGAAGAGGCGGAAGAUGAGAUCGAGGACAUACAACAGGAGAUUAUGGUUCUGUCGCAGUGUGACAGCCCAUACGUCACCAAGUAUUAUGGGUCUUAUCUCAAGGGUACGAAGCUGUGGAUCAUCAUGGAGUAUCUGGGUGGCGGCUCGGCCCUGGACUUGAUGAAGGCCGGUAGCUUCGAGGAGAUGCACAUCGCCGUGAUAUUACGCGAAGUGCUCAAAGGGCUGGAUUAUCUGCACAGCGAGCGUAAGCUCCAUCGCGAUAUUAAAGCGGCGAAUGUUUUGUUGAGCGAAAUGGGCGACGUCAAGUUGGCCGACUUCGGUGUAGCCGGUCAGUUGACGAACACCACCAGUAAACGAAAUACUUUCGUCGGCACGCCAUUCUGGAUGGCACCCGAAGUCAUCAAACAGUCUGCUUACGAUUCGAAGGCUGACAUUUGGUCCUUGGGCAUCACGGCGAUUGAGCUCGCGAAAGGAGAGCCACCUAAUAGUGAGCUGCAUCCCAUGAGAGUCCUCUUUCUAAUACCCAAGAAUAAUCCGCCGCAGUUGACCGGGAAUUAUACGAAGCAAUUCAAGGAGUUCGUCGAGGCCUGUCUCAACAAGGAUCCCGAAAACAGGCCGACGGCGAAGGAAUUGCUCAAGUUCCAGUUUAUCAGGAAGGCAAAGAAGAACUCGUACCUGAUCGACCUGAUCGACAGGUACAAAAAGUGGAAAUCGCAGCGCAGCGAGGAGUCGGAGACCGAGAGCGAGAAUUCGGACUCGGAGGAAUCCAAGCAAGACAGCGACAUGGACGAGCCAUGGAUAAUGACGGUGAAAGGCCCGCAUGGGGUCAAAGGAUCCGUGGUACCUAUGCUGCCACUGGAUGAGCAGCCCGCAUCCCUGACUCUAACACACACGAACCACAGAUCCUCCAAUCACAGCCAACCGAAUAAGCCACACGCGAACGGCGCCUCGCGAUCACCACCAAAGGACUCGACGCUUAAUCAUUACAGAAGCGAGUCCAGGGAUUCGUUACGCGAUGGCCAAGCGAAACAUGCGCCUCCUCGACCACACGAAGCUGCGCCUCCGCCACCGGUGGACACGCGAGAAAAACGAGAUGAGCGAGACUAUCGUGACUCCAGCCGAGAGUCUACGCUCAGAGAGUCGAAGGAGAUACGCGAUGGUCGCGAGAGGGACAGAGAAGUCGUCAGGGAACGAGAACGGGAUAGGGAAGGCAGAGAUCGGGAUAGAGCCAGCAGGGAUUUCAAUUCACGGGAAAAGAGGAGAAACAGCAAACCGGACGUGCCUAUCACUUCAAUGGCCGAUCAUAGACCUUGCGAGGAAAAACAGAGACCUAGAAGUUCGCAGGAGCUCAAACAUCCGCGAAGCGUCGCUUUGUCCGGUGUUGUUUUUCCUCUCCUUUCCGAGCUCCAGCGAAAGCACCAAUAUUCGGCAAGAGACAAUAAUGGCGAGGGUGGUAGCGGUGGCAAGAAUGGCGGUGCUGUAGAAGAACUGCGAAACGCCUUUGAAUCGGCGGAGCGCACGUCGCCGGGAAUGACCGAGUCCUUAAUCCGCGAACUAAUUAAAUCCCUACUUCCGCCCAAUCACUCUGAAGGGCGCUUGUCUAUGCUAAUGGAGAAGGUUAUUUUAAGGGAUACGUAGGGACGCGAGAGGACAAAGGUCCGCAAGAGACUGUGGUCCCAGAAUAUCCUGACAUUGUAAAACCAUACCUUAUUUCUCUCGAUUAUCAAUUUACUGAUCAAUACGAGCCGAGCGUGUCGUCGACGAAUAGCGAUUCCGAACGUGAAGGUACGAGGGAAAUGUGUUCGUUAUCCCAUCAUCCUGUUCCUUUCCCUCUUUUCCCCAUUCUCGUUGAUCUAUAAAGGCCGUACUACAACGAAGUCUAUCGAAGUUUUACGAAGUAGUGUACUGAACCGCCCCAUUUUCACCUGCCUACCUCGUUGUAGGAUAAAAAUAUAUAGAAGGCAGAUACACGCGAAACGUUGUGCCAGUAUUCUUGCAGUUCCUACUCGUGUAAUUGUCAUCGAUCUUUUUCCGAACUUCUCAAUUGAGCUGUCCUACAUUUACAUAUUUCUUCAUGUCGAUUCGUCGUCCGACAGUUCAUUUCAAUCGCAAAAAUCAAUUCAUCAUUAUGGAAUUUGUAUACUCUUCGACUUCUUUUAAAUCUUCUAAUUUUAGAUAUUCGUAGUUUUAUAAUUUUUGAAAGCAGGAAUCAUCUGAAGAUGAUAUGAAAUUAUAUUUUGUAUUAAGGGGAUGCUAAAGUCGCGCGAAUUACCAACAUUUACAUCAUCUGAAUAUCUUCGAAUUGACUUUACAGAAUCGCAAAAGCUUUUGCUAGAAUUGAAAUACGCGUAAAACAUACAAAAUAAAAUGAUAUUCUGAUGAGCUUUACUGCAUGUACAUUUGGCUCAGCAAAGGUAAACAGAGUAGUUAUUGUGUAACACAAUAGGUGACAGAUCUUGCAUUAAAUAGUGCUAAAAUUGAAAAACAAGGAGAGAUGAUAUAUUUAUGAGUAUGUUGGACAAAGAGCGCUAUCGGCUCGCCUUAGCGCUAUUUCUCUUAUCCUUCGCACCGCGCGCGACUGCGUGCCGCUCGACUCUCGCUCGAAAAAAGGAUCGGUAAUACCAACGUCGAGGAAAUUCGGUCUUAGCUUUAGCUUUCCCUUAAGAAAAAGUAUGAAACAUGACUGAAAGUAUGUUAUUUUAAAAAUAUGUUAGGUGAAUGAAAAGAACUGUCGGCUGAUUCCUUUUAUACUCUUAGGUAUUAAAAUGCUCUUCAUUACCAAUAGAUUAAUUACAAAGAGAAUGUAGAAAGGAGUAUUCGGUUUAAUAGCUGCAAGCCUUAUCUUAAGAAAAAGAGCUAACGCUUUAGUGAUCUUAUGGCAAUCAAUUACGAGUAGAGAAAGGCGGAAAGUAGACGGCAGUGCGUUUGCGAAAAGGCUGAAUCGAAACCUCCAUUACAUGAUAGCCUAAUAAAUAUCUUUUAAACCUUCUUCAUGUUCGGCGUGAGUAUCGAUCUGGCGAUAGAAUAACAAAACAAAAUUGUACAGACUCGGCAAAAUGGCUAGAUGAAAAGUAUUUGAUGACUUGGUCUUGCCUCAAUAUAGAUACGUUCGCAGUAUGCACUAGCGAGAUAUCUCGAGCAUAUAAACGCGAUCAAUAUAAAGAAAAGCUUUCAGUUCUAUGUAGUUUUGAAAGUAAUGCUUUUAUUGAAGUUUUUAUAGAGAAAAUAUUUAAUAAUUAUUGAGAAAAAGAUCUCGUCCAAGUGGCCAAGCAAAAAAAAAAGAUGUGUUCUUUGAGUAGAUUUCUUCCCGUGGUUUCCUAUGCUAGUGCAUGUUUCGAACAUGAAAGAAGAGAGCUCUAGCGCGCAAUGCUAGAGGUAUUGUAAAUAUGUAUGUAGCGCGAUAAGAUAGUCUUAUUGUUCUGAUCGACGUCUUUGCCAACUGGUCGCACAGCUCCGUUAAACGAUCUUGUUACGAAGAGAUAAAGUAUUCCUUUUCCUUCCCAUGGUUACCUCGUUCGUCAUUGAAGAAGAUGAUAGACGUAGGCUAUAGGCAAAAUAAUUGCCAUUACAAAUUUAUCGAGGGCUUUUAUCGUUUCGUGUAGUUUUCGCUUGUUGCAUAAAAAUUGCAGGUAAGCCGUUUACAAUGUUUCAGAAAUCGUACGCGACGUAUAUAAAUAGCGUUUAAAAAUAUAUAUAAUUAAUUUCUAGUUGUGUGUAAAACCCACUUAAAAAUCGUCGAGAAACAAUGCUAUUUUAGAAUUCUAUCAUCUCCAGUAUACGUACAUCCGCGAAAGAUGCUUUAAUCUUUCCACAUCGCGCCUUAAAAUAUCGCAUUAACGUCAUUAACUUAGAAUAACAACGGAAUCGUUCCAUGUUAACGUGUUAAAUUGUCUGUACAGCAUUGCCGAAUUGUAGAACGCGUUUGACAAUUUGAGUGAGAAAAAAAGACGUUUCAAUUCUUCGAGACAAUGACUGACGUGGAACGACUCGACAAUCGAUUCAGACGGAAUUUAUCACACGAGGAGGUACGAGGAGAGUUUCUUGAAUUUUGAACGCGCGGUGCGUUCAAACAGUGACAACCGGAAUAUAUUGUAUGUAUGUGUGUAUAUACAUAUGUGUGUAUGUAUAUAUACAUACACAGGCAUAUAUAUACAUAUACACACAUACUACGCGGAAAGUACUGCCGUUCUUCCAGACUUAACUUGCGUUAUAAACACGAGUAUUUCUCGAAUUUACCGCACUUGAUUUUCACGAUCGAGUCUGAGCUGCGAUGACUCCCACGCAGGGCGUCGACACUUAAUCCAACGUUGUUUGUAAACUAAUGUAUUUUAUAAAAUAUAUAUAUAUAGAGAGAGAGAAAAAGAAAUUCCACACGCAUACACAUACACAUAUACAUGCGUAAAAAAUAGAGAAUUAUAUAGAGAGAUGUCAUCUCCGGGAUGGUUGGAGAAAAGUUUCGUUCUUUCAAUGAAACAUAAAGACACCAUCCUGCAUACGGUGAUUUAAAAAAAGGAUACAAAAGGGUGAUAGAGCAAGAGUGAGAAAGAAGAGGGACAAAUUUGUAAACGAAGAUACGUCAAUUAACGGUAGAAAUCGAAAAGUAAAAUGGCAAAGAGACUUAAUUACGUUAUCGAAUACGGUUAUUGCGCUAAUCUAUGAUUUGAUUUUUUUCUUUUUUAAUCAGUUCAUCAUUUAGAUAAUUAUAUUUAACGAGAAAUGAAAGGAUAAAAAUCUUUGCUCUACUACCUCCUUUUCUUUUUCUCCGUUCCAUUUCUCUAUCGCCCGUCUAGAUGGGGAGUAAGUCAGACUACACGAUAUGUAUCGAUUUUAUUUUUAAUUGAGCUACGUUUAUUCUUUAUUUGCAUUGUAUUGUUAAUAUGGUCAUAUCAACCGAUCAAACGAUUCUUUUUUUUUUCGUUUUAAGCCGUGAAAAAGAAUACUUACGGCAAUCGAGAAAGAAACGCUUGACAAAGCUCGACACGGUUUGACAAACUAUUAUUGUUUCUCUCGCGUUUUGGAUUAAGUUUUCUGGUCCUUACGACGAUCGCUACCGUGAGUAGGCCUCAUAACGCUGCCAUAAAUGCUUAUCGGUUACAUUUACGCGUUAAUGUCGCGUACAAAGAUGUAUUCGUGCGAGAGAGUUCGAGAGAGGAGACUUAGCUAAGUAGGCUGUGCAAGCAGUAUGCUUGUUAAAAAGAAUUAUCAGGUCACCUGCGGAAUAGCGAUCGAUUUUACGUUCAGCGAUGAUCAUUCGUUUUAUCGAGAACAUUUGUUUCCCUUAAUGACCGUCUUUAGUCGACGGCCUCUGUUGUAUAUGCGGACUGUAUGUACAAAGCUGUCAUCUAAGAGUAUUAAUCCGCCAUUGACAAGAUUGAACGAAAACUGUCUCCGUCAACGCUUUAAAACAACGCUAACAUUUACCUUUAAGUUUCCGUUUUUUUUUUACAUUUAAAUAAAAUUAUUAAUUUCUUUAUUUCUCUGCCGGAAUGUCCAACAUUGUCACUGGCGGAAUAUUUUUCAUCUCACCGCUCCUGGUAUUAAGCAUGUCUCUGCGACGCAGUUAAAAAUCAUGUAAUUUAUUUUACUAGGACAAAAUCAAGAUAUAAUUUGUUUUACUUUCUGUUUUUUUUUUCAUUCGAUUUUGGGUUUAAAGUUUAAUGAGUUUUAAUCGAACAGACUUUUACUCGGAGUGCGAUAAGAUACGGAAAAUCGGGAUGUGAUAAGAUCAUUUAAAAAACGUUCGCGGGGAAAAAAUUCCCGAAAAUUCACGAUUGAAUGGUUUUAUGUUGUCAGCUAAGAAAUUCCCUAAACUUUCGUCGGGUAUGUUUUUUGCGCGUACGACUCGACGCUAAACUGUCCUGUUUCUCUGUACAUGCAGAUUACGAACAGAUGUAAUGGCGCCGAACUGUGAUUGUUGAUUUUUCGGAAGCUUAUUUCUUGCCCUCCCCUUCUCCCAUUUCCUCCCAUCCUUAGUUUAUGUAAGGGCCUAUUCUGUAACUCUUAAUGACAGUGUCGAUAUAUUGUCGUUAUAUAUCUAUUUUGUAACUUUUGACGUCGUUACGCAGAUAUUUUAUAUGGCAAAAAGCUGCGUAAUGGCAACGUCAAGAAUUAUAGAGUAGACGCUAUGAUCGAUCGAGACAACGGUGAUCAGAGACAGAAUCGGCAUGCGAAAUCGUUUGCUUGAGAUCCGCGAACCGUACAAUUCGAUUUAUGCAUCCCACCGUGUCCCACACAGCACUCUUCUUUGUAUUAUACUCUUAGCUAUUAUCCAUCUAAUAUAUAUUCAGCGUUGAAAACACAUCGUGGUAACAAUAAUGUCUCUCGGCGCGCGUAGAGGAUAUAUAUAUAAAUAUAUAAAUAUAAAUAUAUAUAAAUAUAUAUAUAUAUAUAUAUAUAUAUAUAUAUAUAUAUAAAAUAUAUAAAUAUAUAUAUUUUUUGUAUUUUACUUCUACCUCUUCUCUCUUUCUUCUUCUCUUUCAUCUCUUCUCUCCUUCCUCUCUCUUUCUCUCUGCUCUCUUCUCUCUUUCUCUCUCCUCUCUCUUGGCUGCGUUGGAUUGUAUUAUAUUGACUGUAUGUGGCAUGCUGAGGGCGUGUACAAAUAUGAAAUAAAGAUGAAGUAAACCACGA